GCGGCACCUGCCGCGUGAGCCGACGUCCGUCAAUCCGCGAUGUUAUUUAUAAGGAGUGUAAAUAGGUGGUAAUUUUUUUUUUCGCAACCAAGCGUGCAAUCCGCCGUUUUUGCUGCGUGGAUCCAAAUCCCUUAUGUAGAUGAUCGUUUCCUAAUGAUGCACUGCUGUUCGCAACGGUAAACGAACGGUGGCUCGACGACUACGACCGAGAGACGACGAUGCUCUGCGUAAGACACGGGAGAAAGCACGGCUUCUCGUUGCUGUUCAACCUAGUCCCGCGGGCUCUCUACUCGCGUCGCAGCGACAGGAGCACGAGUUCCUACAAGAUCGUCAAGUCCAAUGGCGACACCCUGGACGAUAUUGACAACAGCGUUUUGGGUAUUAAUUCCAACUGGGAGUUGCUAACGCCGAGAGGCUUUAGAUUUUAUCUUCCUGGAAGCGUAGGACCCGCUUGGCUAGAUGCUACAACUACUGCCCAAGUUAAAGCCCAAUUUGUUAAAGAAGUGUGUGACAAUGAGGAGUUUAUAGAACCCUUAAACAAUGAAAAUAGAUAUGAAAAGAAUGUAAAAAAUUGGAAAGCCAUACGGCCGACAUUGGACUGUGUGGCACAAGAAUGCCCUAUUCUUCUGCGGAAGAGCAUAGAAGAAUUAUUUUCAGGAUGCUUGGACGUGUCUAUGUCACAUCUUACUAUUAUAACUAUUAGUCAAAAGGCAAAUCUCAAGUCGAUGAGAUGGCGCAAGGAAGCAGAGACAGAGAAACUUGCCAAAUAUUUUGUUUUAGCCGCCUCCGACAUAUGUACAAAGCUCAAAAUGGUCGGUUACUGGGCAGAUUUUAUUAAUCCCUUCAGCGGACAGCCCUACUUGAGUCCACAGAAGGGUGCCAGCCUGUAUGAAACUGACGAACGAUUUCGCUGCCUAGGAUUUAGAGUACAGCAAAGGAACAAUUGCAGAAUUAUCGUGUCCGAUAAUAAUCUACAAAAUUUUAUUGGAAGCCUUUAUACCACGGCGCCAGCAAGCACGGAAUUUUUAAAACAAAUAAUAAACGUUGAUAACGAGGAUCAAUAAAUAUGUGUAUAUACAAGGAAAAA